AUGGAUGUUGGUAAUCCCUACCAUGUCAGCCCCAACAGGAAGUCCUAUGUGGGGCCGUCAAUGACCUACAAUGGAGUCCCAGCAGAGCUACGAGAAUCUAACCACUAUAUGGAGAGUUCCUUCACAUCUGACAAUCAGACAGGAACUGUGUUUAUACGAAUCUCCAUACCAGACCUUAAAGUCCAGAAGUGCCUUCAAUUUGAGUUAGAUGAAACAGUAUGGCAGGCCAAACAGCGACUACUGGGCACAUUUGCCAAGGAUCUGAAGGAUGCCUUAAAUUUUGGUCUAUACAGUCCGCCAGUCAAUGGCAGGGCAGGCAAAUUCCUGGAAGAGGAGAGACUGCUCCGUCACUACCCCUUACAGGGACCAAUCGGAUUCCUAGAGUUUAAAUACAAAAGAAGAGUAUAUAAACUGAUGAACUUAAAUCCAAGAAAACUCAAGCAAAUUAAUACAAAGAGUAACUUUAAGCACUUCAUUGACCAUGUGAAAAACUGUAAUGUUGAGAAAGUGACCAAACUGACCAAUAAGGGGCUUGACCCCAACUUCCAUGACUCCAGCACAGGUGAGACACCCUUGAGCCAGGCCAUGAUGUUAACCAAACAGAAGUGCAGGGAGCUUAUUAUCAGCCUAGUAGGUGGAGGGGCUCAUCUCGACUAUCGCACCAAGAAAGGCCUUACCCCACUACACCGGGCAGUCCUGGCUGGUAACACAGAGGCUGUCAAGACUCUGUUAGACCUGGGGGCGUCCCCUAACCUGAAGGACGCCCGAGGACUGACUCCCUUGUACUAUUGUGCAGCCCAUUCCUGUAAUCCUAUUUGUGUGGAGAUGCUGCUGAUGGAGAAGGCCAUUAUUGGGGCUACAGACGAACAGGGCUGGAUGGAGAUACACCAGGCCUGUCAUAAUGGUCUCGUCCAACACCUGGAGUACCUACUGUCUUAUGGAGCAGAUAUGGACAUCCAGAAUGCCAAUGGUAACACAGCCCUACAUGUGUGUGCUAUAAACAACCAGGAGUCAUGUGCGCGUGUGCUACUGUUUCGGGGUGCUAACAAGGAGAUCGUCAACUUGAACCAUCAGACGCCGUAUCAGGCAGCCAUUAUCGCUCAGAGUCAUGACCUGAUACUGAUGCUGGAGCAACACCGUAACGAGGAUGUAGUGCCUAUCCGUGAGAUGCCUCGCUAUAGUAAUCGGCGCCGUGACAAUCCAGCAUUACAGUCUAUUUAUGGGAUGUCUCGUAGUCGUAGUGAUCCGAGAAUCAAUGCUAUUUCUAUGAUGGAUGAUAAAUAUAUAUCUACUUUCGCGUCUAUGCAUAACUUGGCGUACCUCAACAACAAUCACCCAGACACGCCCUCUGGUGGUUAUGAGACAGACUCGCCUCGUUCCAUGUCGGUGUCUAGUGCCAGCUCUGGGAUGGGCAAACAAAAAGCAGCAGCUUCCAAGGAUGUUGUUACCAUGGCUACAUGUCAAGAGGUUAAAGUGACCGGUGUGAGUGACCAGGGCUAUUGGGAAGGUCGCAACAUGAACGGUCAAGAGGGUUGGUUUCCUAGCGACAACAUACAGGAAGUGCGACUACGACGCAGAGCUGGGUCCUUGGGAGAUAUCAUGAAAGUUUCCAGAGACAACGCCCUCAAUAGGAAUACCUUAGCCACACUGGUCCAGCCUUACAGUUCCUAUUCGGCACGAACAGUUGUACUGCAGCGUGGACCUGAGGGAUAUGGCUUUGUUCUACGAGGAGCAAAAUCCCAGACAAAUGCAACUGGAGAACUCGACUUUUGUCCCACAGCAGAGUUUCCUGCCCUUCAGUACCUGGACAGUGUUGACCCAGGAAGUCGAUCGGACAGAGCAGGACUCAAGUCUGGAGAUUUCUUAUUGGAAAUCAAUGGAGAGAAUGUGGUACGAGCUUCACAUGAUCGUGUGGUGCAGCUGAUUCGACAGGCGGGCGACACCCUCGCCAUGAAAGUGGUCACAGUACAGCGGCAGGAGACAGCUGACCAGUGGCUUCAGCACCAAGAUGGAUCGAUGACACUCCCUACCCGCGGGGGCAAGAAAGCUGCGCCCCAGCCUCCCCAGCGUAACCCUCACACAUCUAUCUCUCUGACCAAGACCCAGGGCAAGCAGAUCGCAGAGGGCAUGGCAGAACUAGAAAAAGACAUGGAAAAGGAAUCAGCAAAGAAAGUCAUUAAUCGGGCUGGAACAAAAAGAAAAUCAGUACAAGCUCCACUACCACCUGAUCAACUAGACAAGGUGUUGGCUGAAAAUGACAAACAGGAAGUGAUGUCACAGGAGCAGAAGACGGCAUCAAUACGAUCCAGUCACUCUGCCAAACGCGUCUCGUGUGUGGAGCUUGGAGGCUUGGAAAAUGGAGGUGCACAUUCAUCUGAAAAAUACAUGAGUCCAUCGGAAAUGAGGAUUAAAAAAUAUCACCAAAAGAAAACUUCAGGUGGGUCCAUUAUCAGUAUGGAAAGGUCACGAAGUACAUCUGACCUUCUGGAAGGAAAACGGAAUGAGCCAGUGUAUGCCACUCCAGUAGCAGUGCCAAGUGUGGCUUCCAAACACAAACGCACUGCAAGUGGUUCUGGGGAUGUAGUAGACAAAUAUGACUAUGAUGGUGCUGACAGUGUGUCAUUAAAGAGUGCUUCUUCUUAUGGCGGAUCUACAGGCAACCUAAAAACAGCCACAAGUGAGCGACCUAAAGCACCACCUCCACCUCCCCCAGGUAGCAACAACGUACCAAAACGACAGGCACCAGCGCCACCCAAAAAUGUUGAACCUGUGCGACCAGCAAAGACAGAACUAGUGACAAUCAGUACAAAUAAAAAAGUGUAUGCCACAACAACUGAAAUAAAAUCUAGUCAAGUUGUUGACCAAUCAGAUCAAUCCAGUUUCAAACCAACCAAUCAGGUCAAAGUGACAGAUGAGCCCAAAAUCAAAAUCAAAUCUACAGUGGAUGUUACAACAUCACAUCAGAGGAAUGUUAGUAGUGCCUCCAAACGGUCUGAUAGUAGUCAUGAUGAUGCCUCAGAGAAACACUCUGUAUCAUUUGCUGAAGACAGGGUGAAUGACAAUGCACAGAAGUUUUUACAGAAACAUCCCAAUGCUCAGCUUCUUGUCACAGCAGAUGUCCACAUGCGAAAGAAAAAGGUGUCUGAGCCAGAGCCAGACUAUGAUGUGGAGAGCGAUGAGGAGAAUGACAAGGCCCGUAACUCUGUAACUGUCAUAUCAGUCGGAGACAGGAAGUCAAAGUCAGAAUCAGCAAAACAGUUAACGAUCAAACGUUCAGAUAUCCCAUCCUCCCCAGUCUCAAAGAAACAAAAAGAUGUGCAGAUCCCUCCCCCUCCUAGGGAGCCUGCCCCUAAGCCCCCAACAAAGACACAGCCUCCUCAUUCACCGAAGGCAUCCUCACCUCCAUCACCAAAGGCAAAUGCCACACCUUCAUCAUCUAGGCAAGCCUCCCCUGCCCGCCAAGCAUCGCCAAGUGCACCUACAGCCAGACAAGCCUCACCUGCACGUCAACCAUCACCAGUUAGACAAGAAACUCCAAAAGAGAAACAGGUAGAGGAAAUUGUAAAGGAGGAAGUGGAGGAGUUGCCAGUGUUUGCUCCUCCCCCUCCUGCCCCACCGGCACCCCCACCUCCUCCUCCUCCUCCUCCUCCAGCCCAGGAACAGUCAUCCUCUCCCAAGGUAGGCAUGCGACAGACAGGUGAUGGUCCUACAACUUCACUACUGCCGACUGGGGACAUCUUGGCUGCAGUAGAGAAACGACGUAACAGGAUGGAGAAUGAAGGACCUAAAGUAACACCUGUUACUCAGAGAAAACCAGAUCCGAAUGAUAAUCAGGCAGCCAUUAUAGCAGCUGUAGCAAGACGACGACAACACCUGGAGCAGAAGUCAGAUACAGAUAUUCUUGACCAGAUUGAGUCCAAGUUACACAAAACCAAGAAACUUCAGUCGGCCAAACUUUCCUUUUCAAGUGAAAGUAUAGGCAAAAAAACAGAAGCAAAGACACAAGAAACACAGAAAUCGAAAACAACCCCAAUUGUCAUCUCUAAAGCCAAACAAAGCACAGUGGGACCGUCAAAGGUGUCUACAAAUGUCUCACCCAAGGCUGAGACAAAGGUCAUACCAAAGGUCGAGACAAAGGUCACACCAAAGGUUGAGACAAAGAUUACACCCAAAGUUGAGAUGAAAGUGGAAACUAAGACAGAAAUUGUCAACAAGAAAACUACAGCCUCUGCUCCAAUGAUACCAUUGUUUGAUAGUAACGCUGUGGGUAAAUCCACUGAGAAUAAAAAGGUUGUGACCAAGCAGAAGUCAGUAGAAUCUGACAAGAAUGAAAAGAAAACUACUACAGAUUUCCUAGCAAUGGCAGAGAAAGCCCGACAAGACUGGCUACAGAAAAAAGCAAGUAGCUCAUCACUCUCCACAGGAAGUCCAACUCACACUACUAUCACUGCAACUACAGCACGAGCCAAGUCUGAACCACCUAAACCAGUUGUGAAGGAGGCAAACUCCAUCCAGUACUCAGGCAAACCCACAUCACCUACACCUCUCACCACUAGUACCCAGCUCUUCAACACCAAACACAAACCUAAAGUCAAUGGGGUUGCAGGUAAAAGCUUGGCCCCUACCCCUCUAAAAGCAUCCAGGGACACCGACCUGAUAUCUCGCACCACCUCUAUACGUGACAGGAUUGCAAGCUUUGAGAAAAAUAAAAAAGUUGAAGUAACAAACGGAAAAGUGCAUGCAACUUCCCCCAAAUCUCCACACUACAAAGUUCAGGGGGUGACAACAGACAGUUCGCCCACAGAUACAGGCAAGUCUAGUGCUCUACCACCACCUCCUGAGUUUGGGGACAUGAUACAUGUGGAUAUCAUUCCACCUCCUUCAGGUUACAAACAUGAGGACACAGACAGUGUGGUAUCGUCUGUCUCUACUCUGUCUACACUGUCAGAUGAACAUGCUGACUCCGGCUACAGUUUAUCUAAGAAAAAUUCCUACGAGGACCUCAUCCCUCCACCUCCCCCAGGCUUUGAUGAUAACACAGACCAGGGGUAUGAUGAAAUGCCCGCUGUGAUCCCUCCACCUCCAGACUUUGAGAGUAACAAAAACAAUAAUGUAAUAGUAAAGCCAGUGAGAACAAACAAGCCAUUUUCCUCUAAGGCUGUUGACACAUGGCAAUGUCUCGAUGUUCUUGAUUGGUUAGAUAGUCUAAACAUGGCAUCAUACAAACCUAGUUUCCAGGAACACUGUAUUGAUGGGAAAAAACUGGCAGGGCUCACACGCAAUGAUUAUAUAGAGUUGGGUGUCACACAGGUAGGGCACCGCAUGAACCUUGAACGCUCCAUAAAGAAAGCUGCGAUGCGUAGCAGUAGUUUGUCUUGAGGUCACCAGUCUAGUUUUACACUGCAGGUACAGUGUAUACGUUAUUGCAAACUCUAAUGGAUUAAAGCUGUGGUGGUAUUGAUCUCGUGAUCAGCAUUAAUCAGUGAACAGAACACAGAGUUUGUAUACAGGAACAUAAGAUUUUAUCAUUCAUAGGAAUGUACCAGAGUGUCGUAAUGGUCACACACAUUUAUAUAGAAGUGAAGUAGAACCUGUGUUGUGAUGAAUAUACAUUGUGAAAGGUGAACUAUUCUAUAUAGAUAAUGGGAUACAUUCCAGGAGAAUCGGGUAUAUACUCAGAGUUCAGUGAAGUUAGUGACUUGAUGAUGGUGGCCAGUAACAUUUACCCAACAAUGUAUCUGUGUGAAGUCUUGUGGGUCACAGUGACGGGAGAUGUGCACUCCCCAUGUUGUCAAACAAUGGUGUAAGGACACAUAGCUUUCUUAUUGGUGAGAUUUCUUGUAGCAGCAUUAUUAUUCAACAGACUGCAUGGAUUAUCUGUGGUGUGGAUUGAUAUCCGGGGGAUUGUUGUUAAAAUUGUUGUAGUGAUGAUGUGGGAAGUGUACAUUUGUCUUCCAAACUGGAAAAGUCAUGCAAUCGUGCUAUAUGUGUGUUCAUUUUAUUGGCUCUUUUUUUCUUAUGCUUAGAGAUCUACAGAGUUGUUUCCCUUGCCAGACUUGACAUUGCAGUGUUGAGUCUUAAAAGAACAAAUGUGAUAUUACAACAUUGAUACAGUAGAUAUAGGUAUAUUUAUACAGAUUCUGCACUAUACAGGUACCUAUAAUAUUGGGUCAGUUAUUCCCUUAGUACUCAGUGAUGGUUGUGUUUGUACAUACAGUAUACAUAUAACUACAGCGAUUUGUUUUCUCCUUUCAUUUGAUAUAUCAGAGGAUAGCAAGGUAGAGUGAUAUCAUUUAAUCAUACCCAAUAUUCAGUUUAUAAGAGAAAAUAUUUGGCUAUCCAAACAUGAUCCUGCAAAUCAGAGUUAGACAGUACUUAGGUAGUAAGCUGGGACAUCAUCUUGUAUAAAAUCAUAAGAUAUGAAUUUCUAUUCAGUUGAAUAUAACAUACACCCAUGAAUUGAAAAUUAAAAACAUUUUUUACUUGUAAUGAAGAUCGAUCUGUAGAGAAAGCAACAUUUAAAUCCUUGUUUAUUUUUACCUGCCAUUUAGUGUAAACGUAGUUCACAUCACCAGUGUGUGUUAACAUGUACCAUGUAAUGUUUAUGUUUUGUGUAAUUCACAUUUCAUAAAGGUCAAAAUGACCUACUUAAUAUUUCAUCAGUAUACAGUGACAUUUAUCCGUUAAGGUCACAUGACCUAAAUAUAUAGAAAUUGAGUUCUAUAUCAGACAUAUGUAAUCAAUUAUAGUGAUGCAUUAAACAGAAAUUAACUACUUUAUACUCAUUUUAUUUGUAUAAGAAUAAUUAAUGGAAAAAGAAAAUUUCCUUGUUGUUUAAUAUACAACCUCCUUCAAAAACCUAAUUGUCUCAAAGUAAAAGUUCUGUCUCUUCCCUAUAAUACAAAGAAGAGUCUAAUCCAUUGAUCUGUCACUCAGUUUUCUCAUUUUAAUAUGAAAGUUCCUCCAGAUUAGGAGACAUUUCUUCAUCAGCUCCAAACUGAUUCAUGUUUACCAGAAGAAAAUGAUUAUGAUGUCCAUGGUUUCCUUAUUUUAACAGACUCAGAUUACAGGUACUUGUUUUCCUAUAGAAAUGUCUUUAGGUUUAUCCUUACCCAUAUAGAGGGUGUAAGGUUACCCAGACUGGCAGACUUAUUAUUGGUUCAUGGUUACCCUCUGAAUCUAAAUAUUAGGGCUAUAGUUGGCCAUAGAAACUGUUAGCAGGUUCAUGGUUACCCACUGAAUCUAAAUAUUAGGGCUAUAGUUGGCCAUAGAAACUGUUAGCAGGUUCAUGGUUACCCAUAAAAGCAGCCAUUUGAUCAAAGUUUACCUGUUGUGGAGUGGAGUAUGAGGUUAUGCUAGGUAGCUGGGUUAAUUAAUGACAAGUAACGGGAAGGCUAGAUAGCUGAGUUAAUGACAAGUAACUGGAAGGCUAGAUAGCUGGGUUAAUUAAUGACAAGUAACUGGAAGGCUAGAUAGCUGGGUUAAUUAAUGACAAGUAACUGGAAGGCUAGAUAGCUGGGUUAAUUAACGACAAGUAACGGGAAGGCUAGAUAGCUGAGUUAAUGACAAGUAACUGGAAGGCUAGAUAGCUGGGUUAAUGACAAGUAACUGGAAGGCUAGAUAGCUGGGUUAAUGACAAGUAACUGGAAGGCUAGAUAGCUGGGUUAAUGACAAGUAACUGGAAGGCUAGAUAGCUGGGUUAAUGACAAGUAACUGGAAGGCUAGAUAGCUGGGUUAAUGACAAGUAACGGGAAGGCUAGAUAGCUGAGUUAAUGACAAGUAACUGGAAGGCUAGAUAGCUGAGUUAAUGACAAGUAACUGGAAGGCUAGAUAGCUGGGUUAAUUAAUGACAAGUAACUGGAAGGCUAGAUAGCUGGGUUAAUUAAUGACAAGUAACUGGAAGGCUAGAUAGCUGGGUUAAUUAAUGACAAGUAACUGGAAGGCUAGAUAGCUGGGUUAAUUAAUGACAAGUAACUGGAAGGCUAGAUAGCUGGGUUAAUGACAAGUAACUGGAAGGCUAGAUAGCUGAGUUAAUGACAAGUAACUGGAAGGCUAGAUAGCUGAGUUAAUUAAUGACAAGUAACGGGAAGGCUAGAUAGCUGGGUUAAUGACAAGUAACGGGAAGGCUAGAUAGCUGAGUUAAUGACAAGUAACGGGAAGGCUAGAUAGCUGGGUUAAUUAAUGACAAGUAACUGGAAGGUUAAUAAGUAUGACGUUAAUAGUCGUUAUUAACACUGUAGUGUGGAUCGGUCGGGACAAGAAACAAAUAAACGCUGCAGUAUCGACUGGGCAGGAUAGGAAAUUGUGUGCCAUGUGACUUGUGCAAUAGUUUAUAUUAAUACUGAUACUUGGAUUCAGUUUGACGGGAAAUAUGUGAACAAAUGUCACUUUGUUUUUAUUUACAGGGCUGGCAUCACUUGUAGGUUUUCAUUUUACACUACAUUUACUUAAUUUGUGGAAAUUUAGUUAUAUUACUGGUAGAUCAAAUAACUUGAUUGAAAUUUAAAUGAUAAAAAAAGUGUUUAUGUGAAUGUUUCUCUUGUCACUUUAUCAGGUUUGUGGGUAUAAAUUCUCAGGUGUUGUAACAUAUAAGCCAAAAUCUGAUAUAGCUAAUUUAUCAGAAACAUUUGUACAUGUAGCUGUAUACAAUAAAUGAGUUUUUCAAUUCAGUUUCAUCUUUAUGCAUCAAUAGGAUUUUCUGUCCGAUUCUUUGUGCAUCAGUAGGAUUUUCUGUCCAAUUCUUUGUGCAUCAGUAGGAUUUUCUGUCCGAUUCUUUGUGCAUCAGUAGGAUUUUCUGUCCGAUUCUUUGUGCAUCAGUAGGAUUUUCUGUCCAAUUCUUUAUGCAUCAGUAGGAUUUUCUGUCCGAUUCUUUAUGCAUCAGUAGGAUUUUCUGUCCAAUUCUUUGUGCAUCAGUAGGAUUUUCUGUCCGAUUCUUUGUGCAUCAGUAGGAUUUUCUGUCCAAUUCUUUGUGCAACAGUAGGAUUUUCUGUCCGAUUCUUUGUGCGUCAGUAGGAUUUUCUGUCCAAUUCUUUGUGCAUCAGUAGGAUUUUCUGUCCGAUUCUUUGUGCAUCAGUAGGAUUUUCUGCCCGAUUCUUUAUGCAUCAGUAGGAUUUUCUGCCCGAUUCUUUAUGCAUCAGUAGGAUUUUCUGCCCGAUUCUUUAUGCAUCAGGAGGAUUGCCUGCCUAAAUCUUUGUGUCAUUGACUUUAAAUACAGAACUGUCUUACACAUUCCUCACACGUUGGGAUCCUACUGGAUCUGUGAUUAUGAUGUAUUAACUCAGUAUCACUGUCACUAUAAUAUUCCUCCUUUAUUAGUGAAAUAAAAUGAAAUCUAGCCUGUGCUCCUCUGUAAGUAUUUUGCCUGUCAUUGUUACAGAUACUGGAGAGAGAACCACUGUGGAGGAUUAACAAUGUUCUGUUCAAUAUUAUAAAGCCAUACCAAACUCCCUCGGUUGUUGUGCAAUAUCAUUAAGUUGUACACUCCAGAUGGAGGAUGUUAAAGAAUGUAUCAAGCCUGGUAUUUACAGUGUAGAUGAUGACCUUUUUCAAUUCUUAUAAAGCAUCGUUACAAUGUACAUUUAUAAUAUGCAAGACUGGUUACUUAUAUCAUAUUUACAUCAUAUUUUAUACAUUCCAAGGGGUAUUAGUUUUGUCAUCUCCUUAAACAUUUCCUUCCUCCUCUCCUGUAUCACAGAUCAAAUGAUCUGUUUGUUGUCUUACGGAAUGGUGGAAAAACUGAUUUCUGUUUUCUCCAUGCUACACAGCAAAAGGCCAAAUCUUCUUCUGUGCUGUGGUAUUCAGUUUACAUUGUUUGCUUAUUUCAUUGAAAUCAAAGAAUCUUUAUGUAAUAUAUAUUGUUUGAUGUACUUACGGACUAGAUUAGUUACGGGUGUGAUGAGAAAGUGUAAAGUAAGGGUGUUUGAACGCUGCUUGAUGCCAUAGUUAUUUUAUAAAUUGUUUAUACUGGUGUACUUCAUAGUAAAGGAUAUAUACACAAUAUCAUUGACGAAGGUAUACACUGAAAAUAAUUUAUUAAUUUUCAAGUAUGAUGAAUAAUUUGAAUAUUAAAUAUAUCACAUGUAUUUAACAGAUUCUGGCUAUUUUGCAAGAAAAGUUAUUUUCGUAUCAUCCAAUGAUUCCUCAUGGAUCACAAUAAUAUGAUGAAAUAAAAUUUGAACAGUGCAAAAA